UCGUAAUCUUGGCAGCGAAGGAAACGAGGAGUAAAAACCAGAGGGCGACCACUAACAAACAAUAACGAGAUAUCGACCCACCAAUAAUAAGCCGAUACUAUAAGUAAAAUUACCCACAAACUUCACCGACUGUAUAAAUCGAGCUGUGUCCACUUCGGGGUUCUUCGUUAAGGAUUGCCCGAGCGAGGUGUGUCAUUGGUUUGUUGAUCUUCCUUUGAGUCGUUGAAUUUCCUUCUUGGAGCCGAAUUGAAUGCAGAUUAGUAUUGAAAGAGUCCACUGAUUAAACUCGCCUUCACCCUAUUUGCUGUUUUCCUUACUCGAAACAGUUGCCCGGUGAUUGAGUUUUGAUUUUGUCAAAGAUGCUGCUGCAAUUUUCAGACCCAGCCAAGCUUAAAACCAAGAUGUGUGUGUUUGAGGAUAAAUUCCUUGCCCGCGAUUCUGGUACACUUGAACAACUGAAGGAGAUGACUUCUAGGCGUAGAGUUAUUGAGGAGUCCAUUAAUGAAACGAGCUCUAUCACAGAUGCCAUUGCAAGAGAAAUGUCAGGCGGGUUGUCUUCUCACACUCAACAGGUCCUUCACAAACUACAGAAGUAUCUGCCCUUGUUGGAAAAUUUUGUUUCCCAAGUUGAUAUGAUCGAUUAUAACCUCAGGAUUGUUCAGUGGACUUCAGACCUAAAGAUACGAUGGUCAAGUGCACUGAGCUCAUCUUCAUUAUUUCAUCUUAGGGGUCCAAAAUUUUUCCAAAUAGAUAACUUGAGGUUUGAGGUAGGGAUGACUCUUUCUCUAUAUGGCGCUGUUCUUAGGCAGAGGGCAUCGGAAGUUAUAUCAGAAGAUCAAGUGCAAUCUGCGACCUUUUUCAGGGAAGCUGCUGGGAUCUAUCAAUAUCUAGCUAAGGAGAUUCUUCCAUCCAUCCAACACUGCUUGCCUUCUGAAAGGCCUCCAGAAGUUAUUCCAUCUACUUCUGCUGCCAUGAGUCUUAUUUGUUUAGCUGAGGCUCAGGCUGUCACAUCGAUGAGAGCUGAAGAAAAGGGAACUAUUCCUAGUCUUUUGGCAAAGCUACACUAUGGUAUUGUUGAAUUACUCAAUGAAUCAGUGAAUCAUUUACGAAUAAUUUCUGGAGAAUGGAAAGAUAUGUCCUCAAACUUUUUGGAAUUUCUAUCAGCUUUCAGAGCUCUACAUGAGUUGAAGAGUCGGAAAAAUCUUGCAAAAGAACUGAUGUCUGGUGGCCAAGCUGGAGUUGCUAUAGGAGUUCUUAGAUAUGCAUUAACUGAUGUCAAAAAGGAAAUGCCAAGAGAAAAUUCAUGGAAAAUUGUUUUCGGAAUAGAAAUAGAUAUUGUAGCCGAAAUGCUCAGGAAGUUCGAACGCGAGAACGAAAUCGUAUGGCAUAACAAAAUUCCUUCAAGAGAUGAGUUGCCAACGCCUAAGGGUACCCAAAUCGUCAAAUCCAUACCUUAUCAUCCCAAAAAAUGGGAGAGAGAGCUAGCAUUUAAAAUAUGAAUUGAAGCUCCAAGUAAAUAUGGUCAUUUGUUCUUGUCGGGGUCAAUGUUAUGGAGCUGCUUUUUUGUCCCCAAUCUCAUUCUAUCAAAGCAAAAGAGAAUCUGGUGCUUUUUUGCGUUCAUCUUUUUGAAAUAUCUCUUAGCUGGUUGAGUGACUUUUUGGUGAAAAUGUGAAGCAUUUGUAUAGAAAUUGACAUUGAUUAUAGUGGUUUCUAUUUCUUACAUUUUAUUGAUUUGGAAUGGUCAUAAAGUAGAGGUUGAUAUCA